AUGUCCCACCAAUCUGCGCAGUCCCAGAGACCGCUCACUCUCACCGAGGAGCUUGAAAAGUUGGAACAGUCAAUCACGUUGACACUCCAAGAAAUCGAUCACAACUUCAGUCAAGCCCACCGAAUCGUUACAACGAGUAUUCUCCCUCUGGUGGAACAGUAUACGGAGCAUUCUCGCGAUGUUUGGGAAGGCGCAAAGUUCUGGAAACAAUUCUUCGAAGCUAGCGCCAAUGUGUCCCUCUCUGGAUAUGAGGAGCGACCCGAUGGCGAUGAAACGGUACAGGACACUACGGCAACCGAAGAAGAGCUCUCGGCCGACGUUACCCAAAGCACAAGCGUGGACGAGACUGACCAGUCAUACGAAACACCCUCUUCGCGGCGCCACGAUCACAAUACGGGUCAUGGGCAUGACAUCGACCUUACCGAGCUCACGAUCUCCUCGCACAGUACUCCCCGUGCAACAGGUCAACCUACUGAUGAAGACAUGACGAUUUCUUCGAUUGAUCGUUCCUCCUCAUACGAGAAUUUGAGAAAGCAGAUCAAUGAGGCAGAUGCACCUUUUGAUAUGCCCGACUCAUCAAAACUUCCAUCCACUCCAGGACGUCAACCGUUUUUCCCACCGGAUGCCUCCGUCACCCCAAUGUCGUCACCAUUCAUUCCACCUGUGUCAUCAACAAAGUAUGCACCUGCAUCGCAUGGAGAUUCUCAAUAUCAGAAACCAUCCGAUCCCGUGCUGCAUCACGUUCUCGACAAAACCUAUCGGGUUCAGGCAACUCCACUCGGUAAAGGAUACCGCAAUGUCGGCUAUGGAGCCAGCACGCAAUCCAAGUUCACGGUCACACCCAAGGCCGCAGCUUCUACCUCUCGUUAUGCCUUUGACGACUCCCCGCUGUCCAGCCCUGAGCUUGAAGCUCCGCGGCUUCAUUCGGAGAUUUUCUCGCCCAUCAAGGGUGUCACCGAAACCCCAGGAACGAACCGCAAACGGCGUACUAGCAGCAACCGCCUUCGCGAGACACCAAAGCCAGGAACUAGUGUGUUGACGCCUGCGAAGAAGUAUGGCGGCCAUCAAUCUGUAUGGGAUAGCGAUGAUGAUUUGGACGACGAGGACUUUGGCCCGAGUCCUCCGAAGACCAUGCACUUCCACAUCCCUCAGAGCCGCCUGAUGAAGACACCUGCCAAGGAAGCUUCCAAGCGGAUCGUCACUGACCUGCUAGCCACUGCCGGGGCGGGCGAUCUAACAGAGGAGCUUGAUGAUGACCAAAGCCCCAGCGUGAUCAGGCGGACUGAGCGACUUGAAGAUGAUACAUUCUAG